AUGUCUCACCCUUACGGAAGAUCAACUGAUGGCGGGUGGAAGAAAGGCCCUAAGUACUCAGGUAAUACUGGAUAUAACCGUGGUGGAUAUAAACCAAGACCACAACCAAAAUUCACACCAUAUGUUCCACAACCUAACCCAAAUGCAAAUAAUCACCAAGGCAAUGCGACAACUUCACAACCUGACCCUAUUUUUAACAAACAACACGAAUUACUACCUAUUAUUUAUUCAUUAAAUGAAUUCAGCGGCUUAUCUCUCAUCGAAAAGCUUCAAAAGAUUCCAAAACGUCCUUUCUACUAUUAUAAAAUAUGCUAA